AUGGCAAGGAUAGGACUGAUAUAUGUUACCGGUACCCUAUCCACCGUAUUCAGUCUUUUAUCCACGGUAGCAAAUGGCAUCUUUGCGAAAGCGAUAUGUCGAGAACUGCCGGAUCUGGGGGGUCUUCAGGUUGCCAGUGUAACGGGCUGCGCGCUGAGCUGCGGGGUUCAAGGAGUUUUGAUCAUCAUAUGCCGACAGCGAAUCAGGAAGGGUAUCCGCCUUAGGAGAAAGCUGGAAGCCCGGUUGUUCAUCAUACUAGGGCUUAUCCUCUUUUUAAUGGCUAUGGUUGUAGCGAUGGCUCUCGGAUUUAGCUCGACACGGCUUGGGGAUAUUGAAAAUACAGAGCAGCAAAAAGAAGUUCGAAGGUUAUUUUCGCUUUGGUGUCCCCUUUGGGGAGUGACAGCUUUCUUACAGGCUGUGUGCUUUGGGGCUUUGUUAUAUUUGGACCGAAAAAUCAGUCGACAAGAGCCGAAUUGGCAUUUCCCUUGUACCAAUAGGGUGAAAACAAGGGCUCCCGAAAGGUUAGAUGACGAUAAGACCGAAAUUUUGCGCCACUCCACCGAGCAGCGCCAGUCCUUGCACGACCCCCGAAUCCAUAAGAAGGCGAGCUCAGAAUCAUCGACGUUAUCGAAAGCUAGACUAUCUCGCCUAUCCGAGGACUUGGAGUCCGGCCCCGAGACGUUAAAUGAAAGGGAAAAUCGAGCAUCUCUCGAUUCUCAGACUUGGAUCCGAAGAUUUUCGCGGCGCGUCCCCGGUCUUCAUGACGAGCUGGUGAAGCUUGACUCCACUCAUCCGUCGACGACAAGCUUCCACCGUCAUUCGCGAAGCCAGUCCCGGAGCCGUUCUCGAGACCAGUCCCCAGACUCCCUUUUCGAACGUCCCAUUAUAUCGGACUGCAGGAGCAUCAGAACACCCUCACCGGCCUUGAGUGUCGCGAGCUCUCGGCGCAACACCGACGCAGGCGAACAUAAUAUCCAUCCCCUAUUCCGCUCCGACAGCCCAUCCGCCCCUCCACUGGCCAUGCCCGGAACGACGGUUACGGCCUCCCCGCUCGCGGGUCACACGAUCUCAAUGCAUACAUUACGCCAGAUACGAUCACGAUCGUCGCUCUCCCGGCCAAGAUCGCGAAGUCUACUUGUUCCCUACGAAGAAGACGAGGAAGCGCAAGAGAGGCGGGAGGCUGAUUUACACGGAAUAAGACGCCCGUCGCCGAUCGGACAUCCACAGAUAUAUGGAUGUGGCCCGGAUGGUGGCAGUCGAACUAGCCUCCAGGAUUACGGGAGCAGGAGACACCACGGGAGAUCGGGAAGGCGUGGAAGCUCCAUGCCGCCUUGCCGGUGAUGGGGUUUUUUCUCUUUAACUUACUCUCCAAGUUGCUUUUUCCCCUCCGCGUUUUGCUGUAUUUGUACGGAGUACUCUGUUGAUGCGAUCUUUUUGAGGGUUCUUGGAUUGUUUUUGUUUCCACUCGGCUCAACUUUCCCGGCAAAAGCGGUUCUGUUUGAGAUUUGUUCUCCACGACUCAUUUAAUCUGUUACCAAUUGAUACCUAACUAUAUCCGGAGUACCACGGUCCAUCCAUGGAGUAUGUAUAAAUAUGCACUCACGUAUGGAGCACGGAGUUUGAGCACCAGUAUCAUUAAUGCCCCCAUAACAAUUAUAAUUUAAUUUCUUUUUU